AUGGGCCGCGCAAAGAAGCCUAGAAACGCUAAAGGGAAAGCUCCUGAGUUUCCUGGUUCUAGUCAAAGCAAACCAAAGCGAGCUCCAAGAUCGACCCCUCACCAGAAUUCUAGCCUUGCUACCUUGGAGCCUCCCGCAGAGUCCUCAGCAAGUGGUAGUGGAGAACCACUAGCUAUUUAUGGUGGACCUCAUUCAGCCGAAGCGGCCAGAGAUAGUAAUCAUGCACUACACCUCGAGUCGAGCCUCAAAGAUACCGAAAGCGGCGCACAGAAUCCACUCAACUUCAGGGACAACCUAGAGCCGUUUGACGAAAGAGCCAUACUUGAUCCAUUCAGGUUUUCGGACCCCCCACAGGAUCUUAGCGGAAGCGGCGUACAGUCUCAAUUCAGCUUCUUGGACGACCUAGGGACGUUUGGCGAAAGCGACAUACAGGCUCCAUUCAGCAUCAUGAACACUUCAGAAACGCUCGGCGAAAGCAGUAUACACGCUCAAUGCAGCUCUAUGGAACCCCCAGAGAUGUUUGGAGUAUCAAAUACUACGAGAAGUCUAGCAAACAAUCAAAACAAUCGGUUUGCUAUGCCCACGAGACCUGAAAAACGGCAAGCUCCUGGAGAGACAAGCAGUGUUUCCCAUACCCAACGCAAGCGUUUUAGACGUUUACUACCUAAGGUAGUCAAGGAACCAGAACUGAAAGCUCCCCUUGGACCACUGUUGAAAAGCCUAGCUGCCGGACCAAUAGACUACACGCGAUUUCAGCUGUGGAGUGGAUGUGAUUUACGACCGCAACGCUCAUCUGAGCAAUGGGACCACGAUCUCCGUAACAUUUUCCACAAUGGAACAGGCUUGUUCGCAAGAGAUUGCAGAUCAGCGGCCGAAGAGUUAAACCCUUCUUACAUGCUUUGGUCUCUGGAUAUGUAUGAUGAGUUCAUGGAUCACAUGCAAAUCCUCGUCGGUUUUGGCUACACACGCUACCAUACGGCUGUUUUCGGUAUGGAAGAGUGA